AUGAAGCGCUCAGUCUCCAAUGUCGACGCUGUGCAACAAUCACGAUGUCCCGGCCGCAUUUCGAAGCGUCGCAAAACGCGACAUGUCAACCCCGAGACACGCCGCACAUCUCCGCCCCUUUCGAACCCAUCGAAAUCAUCAAACUCAACGUCACAGCUGUCGCAUGCGUCCUUACAGUCAUUCGCACACACCGAGGAAGCGCUCAAGAAUACACAGCAGCCCGUGUCAGACGAGUGCGCACCGUCAAUACAGCACUGGCUCAAGACCUGCCCGGCUGACAGUGAUCCUGACAUGAUGGCCGCACCACCAACACCACGAAGCGCAUCUGUGUCGUCCAGCCGUGGGAGACGCCCCUCUAAGCAUUCUGCACGUGCAUCUCGAACGCCCAGUCCUAGCAAGCGACCGUCGCCGCAAACGUACCGUACACAGAACAUGUCUUACGCUGGAGUCCUCAUUGACGACCUGAUUGAACUCCCGCAGGAGAUCGAACGCGGAGUGCGGCAUAUACUGGAAGCUGAGUCUUUGGAGGAUGUGAUUGGUACAACGGAACACGAGUCGCAGCUGGCGACCCAUGUGAAAAGGUUCCUGGACCAAUCGCGUCAUAACGCAAGAAGUUGUUCGCUCGAAGGGGACUGGAAAGCCAGUUUGUUCAGUCUCAUGGGUGACUUAGUGCAAGGCAACGUCCAAUGCCAUACAUCAGAGAAGCUUUGGAACGCCGACCUCAAGCCCUCGCCGCCUGGCGUGGCCCAACCUGACGAUGAAAGCGGCGCGUCAACACCGCGCUUUCCACAACCACAAUCCGCGCUCCCCGACUUCGAUCCACAAUCAGCUUCCGGGUUUCUAGGGCCGGUGCCUUCGCUGCGACCAUACACACCUUCCAUCGCUUAUACGACCAGCACCGAAGCUGCCGACCCAUUCUACAUUUCAACACCAAAGCCAGACAUCGUGGUAGGGCUUGAAGACAGGGCUUUUGCGCCAAUGCAUCGAGUUCGGCUGGCCAAACACCAAAGCUUUGGAUCGAUACUGAGCGACCCGCAUAUGGCUGCCAUGGGCUUGCGUUUUCCCUUCUUAAUUGCAGAGACGAAGGGGUUGAGCCUGAAUGGGGGUCUAGUGGCUGCGCAGAAUCAAGCUGCUAUUGGUGCCGCUUGUAUGCUAAAAAUACUGGAUGAUCUCGAGAAUCAGGCUGCACUGCCCACGACACCUACAUCUCCAGCUACCCCCCGACUAUGUUUUUCCAUCACGACCGAGGGUCCAGUACAUGAGUUGUGGGUGCAUUUCAGACUUGGGGAGGCGACCCAUAUGCAGAAUAUCAGGACGUGGCGCACGACACAUCAACGCGAUGUGCGGGAGCUGGUGUAUUGCCUGGCUCGAAUCUUGAAGUGGGCAAAAGAUGAUUUCAUGAAGAAGAUACAGGAGAGGUUGGAUGCGGUACCGGGCUAA